UUGCUCCCUCCACAACGCGUGGGUGAAAGCAGAAGGAAGAUGAGAGGAGAGCAGAGAUGGGAACUGCAGCUGCCUAACUGGGAAUGAAGGCGCAAGAAUGCCCUGUGAGAUGCGUGGCCGCUCUACCACAUUUACGCACGCAAGAAGAAGUGAUUUGCUGUGAGGACAUUUAAAGAGAGUCUGGGAAAUUUGCAUCUUAGUGCAUUUUUUGCGUUGACUAAGACCGAAAAGUUUGGCUCAGAAGUAAUUUUUUCAUAAAUCAGCAGAGAUGAGAUUGAACUUUUCUACAAGCUGGAUAUUCCGGGGCUGGAUAACGUGCGUCCUUGUCACCUUUUACGCACAGAAUGCUGUUUCCAAAUCUGAUCCGUGUGAUGAAACACAUUACUUCUCCAGAGGCUCCAGAUGCUGCAACAAGUGUGGACCAGGUACCCGCGUGCUUUUUCCCUGCACUGAAUCUCAGAAGACUAUGUGUCGGAACUGUUCUCCCGGUGAAUACCAGCCCGGCUGGACUAGUAAGACGUCCUGCACCCUGCAGAAGUUCUGUGAUGAAGGUAAGGGUUUUUUGGAGAGAUCUAAAAUCCCUGACAACCCCAUGGCAGCGGAGCCGUGUCGCUGCCGUCCUGGCCUCCAGUGUUAUUCCGUCAACUGUGAAUACUGUGAGCUGAUACCCACCUGCCCCGCUGGACAAGGACUUGAGUUGGACCCUGAGUCAUCGACAGGAAGGAAGGUCUGUGUCGAGUGUAAGAAGGGCUUCUUCUCUGCUGAGAAGAACGCUGAACAAUGCAAGCCGUGGACUAAUUGUAAGUCUGAGGGCAGGAGAGAGACACAGCCAGGCAGCACCACGGCCGAUGCAGAGUGUGGACUACCUGUGUCUGGUGCAGAGCCCUCUUGGGUCAUAGUUUCAGUGCUGUCAGUCAUUACUGUUCUGUGUCUCCUUAUUCUGCUGCUCUUCUGCUACAAGGACAAACUGAAAUUGCUCUCCGUAAAUCUGCGAUCCUGUGUUCAGAAUCUGAAGAGGACCAGGAUACAACAGGAGACACUGGCCCCUCUUUACCAUAGUGGAGCAGGAGGAGGAAUAGGAGGUCCCAAAUGUUCCCCGUGUGAGACGACCAAACUCAUCUGCCAAGCACCCCACAGCCCCACUGAUGGUCCCACAUGCAUCUUUCCCACCUCUACUACCGAUGUCAAGGUCUCUCUGCCUUUUACAGUGGAAAUGCCAGAGAAAGAAGGGAUAAAGGGGAAGACGGUGAUGGAGGAUCAGAGCGAAGGAUCUGGAGAACCGGAAGAGGUGUCAGAAGACGAAGAGGUUGUGAGUGUGUCUCCACUUUUGCCAGUUUCUUGCCCUUGUGUCAUUCCUGUCUGCGAGCCACUGGAAGUAGGGGAGAAUGAGGACUGUAGCCAGGCCGUCAGUCCUGGGACACCAGGAACCUGCUCAUGUGGAGGGCUAGAUUUAGAGGAGAGCGGGAAAGAGGAUAAAAGUGACAGUAAAAGGGCAGAUAAGGGCGGAGGAAGGGCUGAUGGAAAUCCAGAAAAGAUGUCCACGAGUGAGACGGGCGCUGCGUCUCUUGUCUCUCUUUCUCCUCCCCUCCUCCACACCUCCUCUGUAAUCCCUCCCUCCAGUCCACUCGCUGAACUCUGCCUGCCGCUGUCCCAGGCUCAGAUGAGACCAGAGUUCAAAUCUCACCUGCCUGGCAUCUCACCGGUUAAACAGGAGGGAUUAUACAGACUGGCAAGCGCAGGUUCCACCUCAACAGAAAGUAGUACAACGUCGCCGAUGAGCUCGGUCAGCCCCCUGAUGACUUCCUCAUCUGUUGGAGAUCUCUACCUGGACAAACCCCCGGAGGGUCCCAGCCCAGGGCAGGGCCAGGGAAUGUCCUGGGGUGAUAGCAGGGAAAACAAGCUGUCUACGGGCGAGUUGGAGCUGGAGUGCUCACCAGAGAGCCUCCAUAGCCAGUUGAGUGAACCAACUCUUACCUCAGGUCAGGUGUCUGGGAACCACAACACCACCUUCAUCUCCAGCGGUCAGGUGAUGAACUUCAGUGGUGAUGUGAUCGUCGUCUAUGUCAGCCAGACGUCUCACGGCAACGACGGGGAGGGGCAGGACGACGCCUUCGGGAGCCCCGUCCAGGAAGAAGCCAAUGAGACGGCUCUGUUUUUCCAGAGCAGCCUGAGAUCUCAAGGGGACUCAAUUUCCCAAAGCACCUUGCAAGAUGAGACACUGCCAGUCCAGGAAGGGGUUGAGGAGCGGCCAAUGGGAAAGUGAAAAGUGACCAGCAGCUGUGUUUACGGUUUAUGUCAGUACAGCCAUCAUCUCCACCAUUAGACCUGAUUAAACUGGCCUUUCUGUUGGUUCCAUCACUUUCUAUAUAUUAGCUCCCAUCUAUCUAGCAAAUAAAGGCAAAAAUGCCCCAAAAUAAUCUUAAACUUGUUCCAUUUUACACAAGAGUCACAGAUUCUUGCUUUAGGCAUUUGUUACAAGUGGAAAGCUGCAGCCUUUUUUAAAUGGAAACUCCCUCCAUUCCAGACAAUGAUGGGGAAUUUUGUUGGGAAUUGGAUGUGGAACUGGAGUUCAGAUUGGAGGAACAAACUGUUUUUCUUGUUUGAUGGAAAUUUCAGCUUGAUCUUGACACAAAGGAGUCGCUACAUAUUUCAUUUACCACCUUAUGUCGUUAAAUAGCCCAGGUUACACUCUGUAGACUCCUAGUUUUUUUUGACUUUUUAAAAUUUGACAUUUGGAUGACUUUAACACUUUACUUGUAUAACAAAAUAUCCACCAUGUGGAAAUGAUUUUUUAUAUUUUUAUGGAGAAAAUUAAAUAUAAUAGCUACAAUAAGAUCUGGCAGGACAGAAUCAAAGUUUGUACAAAAAUCGUCAUGAAGCAUUUCACUGAGUGAAUUCUUCCUUUUUUUCUGGUUUGCAGGAUCUAACAGAGGCUAUUUUACAAUAAAAAGACACAUCCAGUUUUGGUACGAUGCUUUUAGCCUGUAUGUAGACUUUGUUUAUUCUCUCCUUAUUGCACCACAAGUGCAGUUUGUGUCUAAGAAAAAAAUGCUAUGCAUUUGAUAAGCUAUUUUAUUACUGGUUUGUUUUGUUUCAUUACAUUUUAAUGUGCAAGCCUUAAUGAAGAAAAGUGAAAUGUCUGUUUAUAAUAUUUUGUUUUAAAUAAUUUUACAAAGUAGAUUGUUUAUGUAAUAUUUCAGAAGUUUCACAUGUGAUCGAUGUUUGUAUAUAUUUCAAAGGAGCAUGGUAUAUUUGUGAAAUAAGAACAUUCUCUCAUUUGA